AAUUCACCUUAUUGGCUGCAGAGCUUUCUGGAUUCACAAGCUCAGCUUCAGGAAUUGCAUUGGAGCGAGAAGAUCGGAUUCUCGUCGGAUUGAAUUCCACCACUGGAAGCGGAAUCUUCGAAUAUCCGAUGAGAUUCGCGUCUUCUUCCUCAGAUCGUUGAAGAAACAGUUUCUUGCGUCUAGGCUCGUCGGCUUCCUUCGAUUCCGGCGAUGGACGUUUCACGGGGCUGGUAGUUGAGGUGGUUGAAGAGGAGCCGAAAAAUCCGAAGCUGAAGAUGGUGCCAGAUACUUCGUCGACGACUUCAAUCUCUCUCUCUCGACCGCCGCUUUAUCCCUCUCAGUCUCCCUCUCUCUUUUUCCCCCUUUCCUUCGAUUUUGUCAUAAACCCUAAUUUUACUUCUUUAUUUCGUCUUGUUUUUGCUACAGGUUAUCCUAAGAGAUUCAAAUCGAGAAGGGAAAAAAUCUCUGAGCUUCUUUUCUCUUGUAGAGUGAAUCGAUGCAUCAGAUGCGACCAUCUCGAGCUUACGAUUCCUGGGGACGACGAAGAGGGAGAGGCUAAUUUGGGAUGUGGAGUCGCCGGUGAUGAUGGUGUUACGAGGCCAAUCUCGGUGUUGCUCGAAUCCUUGAGAAAGCUUCAAUUGAUGUCUUUGAAUUUGGAUAUUCUUAAGAAACUCAAAGCUUUUGAUGCAGACGCAAGAAGUGAAAAGCUCCAGGACCUUAACAAGAAAAACUCAAAGCUCUUGAUGCAGACGCAAAGUUCCAGUUUGCUAAGAGGAAACUUCAAGCGAGCUACCAACAACAUGAGAACGAUUCAGGCUGGGACAUUGAUGAAUAACUAUGCACAUAUAUUUGAUGCAAAACCUCUAAUAGGUUUGCCUCAGCAGGACCUCUAAAAGGAAUUCUCAGGUCAAGUAUGUUUGAUGCCAAUGAUGGGAUUCAUUGAGCAAGUCCUUUGGCCAAUAUUUUGUUACUGUGAUGAAAUGACAAAUCACGAGCUGAUGAUGGCGGGGAACCACGAUAUCUCGUUUAGGCAGGAGCAAUAUAUGGAAGCUCGACAG